UUGGAAAAUAAAUACAGGCAACGAUGGCCAGUCGUCAAAUGUUUAACAAUUUUACAGGAAGUCCAAAUCAGAAUCAAGGUAUAUUGCCUCCAGGUUGGGAAAUGAUUUUCGAUCAAAGAUCAGGGUGGCCAUAUUUCGUUGACCACAAUACACACACGACGACGUGGGACGAUCCACGAACGAACUCUGCAUUUAGCAAGGGCCAACAACUUCCGCAACACAAUCACAUGGGAAGCCCUUUUCAAAGAGGACAACGUGUUAUGGAGAUACCUGUUCAGCACGAGUCCUCAAGGCCUUCUGGGGGCCUAUCAGGCUGGCAGCAGAGCAGAACCCCACCACGUGUGUCAACUCCACCUCGAGUUAGCACACCUCCAUUGAGUCAAACUCCGCCCAAAUUCCAAACCUUGCCAAGAAAUCAUAGGGAAGCUGUAAGAGAAAUUCCUAUUCAGCAUUUUUCGUCUGGCGGAAACCGUUUUGAUCCACGACCAGAUUACCCGGGUGCUCCACAUUCAGAACACAAUCAGCAAUCACCUUACCCACCGCAACAAACACAGGGGUAUCCUCCUCAAAGCCAACCCCAAGGAAAUCCUCCGCAACAACACGCACCUCAACAGCAGCAGGGACCACCAAUGCCACAGCCGACGUUUUCGCAGUGUGCCCCACCAGAACACAGAGAGGAGGUGAUGUACAAUAUACCCAUCAUGCGUGAACAGGCAAGGCAGUCUCCACAACCCACCCAGGGCCAGGGAUAUCCACAGCAAGCCCAAGCUCCAGGUUACCCUCCGCAAUCCCAGGCUUCAAACUAUCCACCGCAUACGCAUGUUCCGAGUCACACACAGCAAUCUCAAAACCUUGCACAAGGACAGAGUUACCCACAGCAGACUCAAGCUCCAAACUACCAACAACAAGCACCAGGCUACACACAACAAUCUCCACAAUCCACCCAAGGACAGGGUUAUCCCCAACAGACUCCACAAGGUGAUUUUCCCCCUCAGCAGGGCUAUCCCACCUGGCCAAGACAGCCAAGGACACAACCAGAAGCUAUGCCAGCUUCUCCACAACCGAAGGCCUUUGCAACUGCCGAGACACUUCCAAGAGCAGGGAAUAAAAAAUCACAUGAGAGCAGAAGCAGGGAAGAGAGCCCUGCUCCCAAAGCUGAAAGUAGAGCAACCAAAGCAGAAGAUCAGACUGAUUCCAGAGCAGGAACUCCCAGUAGACCCACAGAAACAAAAAAUGGACAGCAGUCAAGCAAAACUGCUGAACCUGAAAAACAGAAACCAAAGACUCCUCUUGAGAUCAUUCAUAGUAUACUUACAGAGUGCCAACAGUACCAGGAGAGAGUGAACUCAUUCAGUGGUACAAAGGAUAAAGAAUACAAAUUUCUUGAAGAAAUGCUGACUCGAAGUUUGCUUAAGCUUGACGGAGUAGAGAGUGGGCAAGAUCUGAACAUUCGGCAAGCAAGACGCGCAGCUGUGAAAGAAAUUCAGUCAUAUCUGGACCAGCUUGAGUUGAAGGCUUUUAGUUCACAAAUGCCCGAACAAACUGGUCAAGCUCCAAUGGAGCAGGGAGGUUCGCAGUCAAAUCAAGGUGCUGAGGGGAUGGAUGUUUCUAGUCAGAAUAGUAAUGACAAAAAUGUUAGAGAGAUGGUUCUGGACAGUGAAAUCUCUUGUUGACCUUUGUAAGAGAUAUAGAUUAAGAUAAAACUCAGUAUAUAUAAACUUUACAGCAAUACUUUUAAAAUCUAGUUAAGUUUAUUAUUUUAUAUGGUUGUUACUUGCUACUUUGUAAAUUUUGCCAAAUCAAGUGUAGUCAAAUGUAGUUGUGAUGCUUAUUUUAGGUGAUAGACAUAAAAAUUUAAAUCAAAUAAAACUAUUCAUAUUGCAUAUGUUGUUUUUUGCAUGACUGUAUAACAUAAAAAUUCAUUUUUGAAAAUAAAAAAAUACAAAUCGUGACAAAUAUUUCAUGCAGUUAACUUUUUGUCUUGUUAAGAUGUGCAAGUUGUCUAAGUCACAAGCAAUAUUUUUGACAGGUCGUACCAAGUUGAUUCUUUGAUUAAUAACUGGUUUGAAAAUGAAAUGUAAAAAGAUCUUUCUUCCAGACAGUUUAAUGAAACUACCAAAUCAUAAACAGGUCAAGGAAAAAAUCCACUUGGUUCAAAGACCCCAAGCCUACCAGGCAGAUGAAACUUAAGAUGGCAUCAAUUUUUGUAUGACCUUCAGGGCUUUUUCAGCAAAAUUUGGAAGAAGACCUUGCUUUACAUUCUCAAGAUAUUUCAAGGCGUAAAUGCUUGAAAUUGGGAAAAUUGUAUGUGUUCAUGUAAACACUUUAAAAACUCAUUUCAAAAUUAAAAUUCAUAUAGGAUUGACAAUUUGAAACCAACAACGAUUAUAACACUAGCACUCAUCACAACUCCAUGAAUUAAAACAAACAUAAACAAAACAAUUAUAAUUAUUUUAUAUUUUAUGGGGGGGGGGGGCUGGACUGUGUAUAAAUUGGAUAAAAAUAUUUUAUUUUUUUUUUCAAUUGGGAAAUGGCCAAAUUUCAGCUGAAAAAAGUCCUGACAAGUCCUUAUUUGUCUCUCUUUCGAAGAUCGUGCCCUAAGGAAUGUGAUUCAGUUGAAUGUUUUUUGUUUUAUUUAUUUACUUGUAAAACUAAGUGCUUAAGUUGUGAUGACACACUGGGUUGUAAUUUUCAUGGCAAGUUUUUAUUUAUUUAUGCACAUUUAUAUAUGAGAUUAAAUGUUUUUGUUUGUUGAAAAUAUUUGUAUACAAAUAAAAUAGUACUUUUUA